AUGAAUGUGAAAUGCCAUGGUUCCUUUUAAGGAGACUUUUUUAUGUCAGUAAAGUAGGUCUUUAAUUAUGACAUUAUCAUUGACAUUGACAAAAAUGGGGACAAUGUACUGGGUGAGAGAGAAUACUAGUGUGUGACACCCCUACAGGUGUGACAGCAAGUUUUCCUUUUAAGAAAACAUACAGACUUAAUUGGAAGAUAGUGACGAUAGAUCUAAUGGAAGCAGAAGCACUUGACACCUGAGUACAUACAGCUGCUCCAGCAGGAUUAACCAGCCUUUUGGUCUAUACAGAAUGAUUAACAUAUGGAUACUGUAUAUUCACUUCUGUGCUCAUGCCACAUUGUAGAUAUACUCAUAUGGACCCCAAAGGCUCACAGUGUGGGUGCAUGUUAUUUGUUGUGCUUGGUGGUUUUAAGUUUGGGAAUACUCGCAAUGUGCAACGUAGCUUCUGAUAAUUAAAGGGUGCCAAGUGAUGGACUUAAAACAGCUGUUAUUAAUGUGUAAAUGUUGCUGUAGUACAGUCAGAAAAAAACAACAAACAAUGAAAUGCACUGAGUACCUGAAGCAGAGGAAAAGGAAUUCGUUUGGAAUUAAAAUGGUGCCUGUUAAAGAGCUGCAGUUGCCAGGCUACUGACACUGCUGCUGUGUGUGGGGGGUGCGACACAAUGCUCAGUCUUUUCUCCUGCAUCCUUUAGUAACUGCAUUAUUCUGUGAACAUCAAGGUUUAGUUCCUUCAUCUGUCAAGUUAAGUGAUUUCAUUCGACAGCCAGAACAAGAUUUUACAUUUUUGGAAGCAGCAAGGUAUUGGAAUGAACAUGGAAAUUCUUAAGUGGUUUACAAAAAAUGAUACCUAUGCUAAGGCAAAAAUGUCACAGGUUAAACAAGUGGGUCUUUUAGCUGCUGGAUGUCAGCCAUGGAACAAAGAUGUGUGUGCUGCUAGUGGGGACAGAUUUGCCUACUGUGCUACCCUUGCUAUUUAUGUUUAUCAGCUGGAUCACCGUUACAAUGAAUUCAAGCUCCGGGCAAUUAUGUCUGAGCAUAAGAAGACAAUCACAGCCAUAUCCUGGUGUCCGCACAAUCCUGACAUGUUUGCAAGUGCCAGCGCAGACAGUUUAGUAAUUAUUUGGAAUGUGACUGAACAGAAAGUUGUGGCCAAGCUGGACAACACGAAAGGAAUUCCUGCGUCACUUAGCUGGUGCUGGAAUGCAGGUGAUGCAGUUGCAUUUGUGUCCCACAGAGGUCCCUUGUACAUUUGGACUAUCUCGGGACCUGACAGCGGAGUAAUUGUACAUAGAGAAGCACAUAGUUUCUUGUCAGAUAUCUGUCUAUUUAGAUGGCAUCCAAAGAAAAAAGGAAAAGUAGUCUUUGGACAUACUGAUGGAAGUCUGUCUAUUUUUCAACCAGGUUCUAAAAAUCAGAAACAUGUCUUAAGACCAGAGUCUCUUGAAGGAACAGAUGAAGAGGAUCCUGUUACAGCGCUGGAGUGGGACCCUUUGUCAACUGACUACCUUCUUGUUGCUAAUUUACACAAUGGCAUUCGACUAGUUGAUUCUGAAUCUCUGUCCUGUAUCACAACAUUUAAUUUUCCCAGUGCAGCAGCAUCUGUUCAGUGUUUAGCCUGGGUUUCUAGUGCACCAGGAAUGUUUAUAACUGGAGAUUCUCAAGUCGGUGUGUUACGUAUUUGGAAUGUUUCACGUACAACACCUAUAGAUAAUUUUAAAUUGAAGAAAACGGGUUUCCAUGGUUUGCAUGUACUAAGUUCUCCUCCAAAGAAAAAGUCAUUUUUAUCACCAUCUCCAACUAAAAAUCAUCAUACAUCCUCGACAAGCGAGGCUGUUCCUCCUCCAACUUUAACCCCAAACCAAGCAUUUUCUCUUCCUCCUGGUCAUGCUGUAUGUUGUUUCAUGGACGGUGGUGUGGGGCUUUAUGACAUGGGAGCCAGAAAGUGGGAUUUCCUUAGAGAUUUGGGACAUGUUGAGACCAUCUUUGAUUGCAAAUUCAAACCUGAUAACCCUGAUCUUCUUGCUACAGCUUCAUUUGAUGGCACAAUAAAAGUUUGGGAUAUAAAUACUUUAACAGCAGUUUACACAUCUCCUGGUAAUGAGGGGGUUAUUUAUUCCAUUUCUUGGGCUCCAGGAGAUCUGAACUGCAUAGCAGGUGCAACAUCCAGAAAUGGUGGCUUCAUCUGGGAUGUCCCAAGAGGCAAAGUGAUAACCCGAUUCAGUGAGCAUGGAAAGAAUGGAAUCUUCUGCAUUGCCUGGAGUCAUAAAGAUUCCAAAAGAAUAGCAACCUGCAGCGGUGAUGGAUUUUGUAUUAUUCGAACCAUUGAUGGCAAGGUUCUCCACAAGUACAAACAUCCAGCUGCAGUGUUUGGCUGUGAUUGGAGUCAAAACAACAAAGAUAUGAUAGCCACUGGUUGUGAGGAUAAAAAUGUUCGUGUUUAUUACUUGGCAACCAGCUCUGAUCAGCCGCUGAAAGUUUUUACAGGGCAUACUGCAAAGGUGUUUCAUGUACGAUGGUCUCCUCUGAGAGAAGGGAUCCUCUGCAGUGGCUCUGAUGAUGGUACUGUUCGAAUAUGGGAUUAUACGCAGGAUGCUUGUAUAAAUAUUCUUAGUGGACAUACAGCUCCAGUACGGGGACUGAUGUGGAAUCCUGAAAUUCCUUACCUUCUAAUAUCUGGCAGUUGGGACUAUACAAUUCGAGUCUGGGACACAAGAGAUGGAACGUGUUUGGACACAGUUUAUGAUCAUGGUGCAGAUGUGUAUGGAUUAACAUGUCAUCCUAGUCGUCCAUUUACUAUGGCAUCUUGCUCUCGUGACUCCACUGUGAGACUCUGGUCAUUGACACCUCUUGUAAAUCCUCUACAAAUAAAUAUCUUAGCAGAUAGAUGUUGGGAUGAGGUUAUUGGUAAUACAGAUCGUGCUGUGGAAUCUGGUGCUCCUCCUUUGCUGUGUGGUAAAGUUUCCAGGGAUAUUAAGCAAGAAGUGGAAAAACUGACAGGAAAUCCUCGAGGAAAGAAACUAAGAUGGUUUUCAGAAUGUUUUUCACCUCCAGGAGGCAGCAAAAAUUUGUGGGAUUUAGUUGCUGUAAUAAAAGGACAGGAUGAUAGUCUGCUUCCACAAAACUACUGCAAAGGAAUUAUGCAUAUGAAACAUCUCAUUAGAUUUAGAAUGUCCAAAGCACAAGAACUGACAACAGUAAAAAUGUCCAAGUUUGGAGGUGGUAUUGGUGCACCAAGCAAAGAGGAAAGGCUUAAAGAAGCUGCAGAAAUACAUUUGAGAUUAGGACAAAUUCAGCGAUAUUGUGAACUGAUGGUAGAGCUUGGAGAGUGGGACAAAGCUCUCUCAGUUGCACCUGGUGUAUCAAUGAAAUACUGGAGGAAGUUAAUGCAAAGGAGAGCUGAUCAGUUGAUUCAGGAAGAAAAUGAUGAUGUCAUCCCAUACUGCAUAGCUAUUGGAGAUGUAAAGAAACUAGUUUCUUUCUUUACUUCAAGAGGCCAGCUUAAAGAGGCUCUGCUUGUUGCACAGGCAGCUUGUGAGGGAAAUAUACAAAUUUCACCACUCUCCACAACAACUGGAUCUUCACAUUCUGAUUUAAACAAUACAGAUGAUUAUAAUGAGCUCCUUCAGAAAGUCAGUAAAGAAUUGGCAGAAUGGUAUUUCCAAGACGGCCAUGCAGUGCUUGCAGCAUGUUGCCAUCUGGCUGUUGAAAAUAUAGAGCUUGCGAUGGCAAACCUGAUUCGUGGAAAUGAACUGGAGUUGGCAAUCAGUGUGGGUACUGUCUUAGGAGAAAAUGCAGCGCAAGCAACACAUUAUGCCCUAGAAUUACUAGCAAGAAAAUGUAUGACUGUAACAACAUGCUCUCCAUCACUUGGAUACAGGGAUUUAGCAGCCGAUCUUCUUAUGAUGAUUCCUGAUAAUAAACUGCAUUUGAUAAAGCUAUGUGCUUUUUAUCCUGGAUGCAUAGCAGAAAUAAAUGACCUACAUGAAAAGUGUAAUCUUCCUGAUGCAGAAGAAUGUAUGCGAUUGGCAGAGACAACUGAGGCAGAUGGGGAUAUAUUUGAAACUAUAAAGUACUAUCUGUUAAGCACAGAACCAGAAAAGGCUCUCCCUAUUGGCAUUCAAUAUGUGAAAGAACAACUUUGUGGCUCAGAUUGGACUUUAGAUUCAGUCUGCCCAUAUCUUGAUCUUCUAAGUUACAUACGUACCGAACGAUUAGUGUUGCAUAAAUGUAGCAAGUUUCGGAAUGAGUUGUUGAUUUUGUGUGGUUACAUUGGUGCUUUACUUGCUAUCAGAAGACAGUACAAUAGCAUUGUACCUGCACUUUAUGAAUAUACAAGUCAGCUUUUAAAAAGACGGGAAGUAUCUGUACCUUUGAAAAUUGAACAGCUCUCCGAGGAAUUAGAUGCAUGGCGAGCUUGUACUCAGUUAAGCAAGCCUACGGAUGAAUUGCCAUGCACCCCACCAUCUGAAUCACAAAAAAUGGUGUAUUCAAUACUGGUAUCACGAAUACAAGAGGAGCCUCUGAAAGGAAUGAUUGGGCCAGACUAUGUCACUGGAUCAAAUCUUCCUAGUCAUUCUGAUGUUCACAUCUCUUGUUUGACAGGGCUAAGGAUACAGGGUCCAGUGUUCUUCCUUGAAGAUGGAAAAUCUGCUAUUUCACUGAAUGAUGCUUUGAUGUGGGCCAAAGUGAAUCCUUUUUCACCACUAGGAACAGGAAUACGACUUAACCCAUUUUGAUGCAAUGUUUUCCUCUGGUCUUUGUAGUGCUUAGAAUAACAGUUUGGGGGUUAAUAGCAAUUUAACCUUGCUUGUCAAAGGACAGAAAGAUGGCAGUUGAUCCCUCCUGAAAGGCAAUUACUUGGACUUUAAAAACUGUAAUAUGAAAACAAGAAAAAGAUUUCUGUAUAAAUGUUUUUGAUAAUCCAAAGAAAAAGUUAUUUGAGAAUCCAAAGAGAAAAAGUCCUAACUUAAUUGACAGCCAUGCCUUUUUUUUUAAUGUAAGAACUGUUGUCAGACAGUACAGACAUAUUUCUGUUAAAUUUGUGUAAACAAAUGCCUUGUAAAGCAAGUAGGCAACUAUCUGCACAUUAUCAAAAUACAGAUAACAAACUGUGAAAUUCAUAAACACACUUUUAAAUACAUAGUGACUUUAUGGAUAGCCACUGUAACCCAUUUUUAGAAUGACUGAAAUCCUGCAGCUGAUUCACACAUUGUGUCCCCCUUUUUAAUUUUAACUCGUUUUUACAUACAGAAUUCUAUAGCAAAAGGAAUAUUUCAAGUGCUUAGAUAAUUUUUUCAUCCAUUACUUACGUGCUUUAAUAGCAGUACAAAGAUGUUUACUCAUGUUUUGUUUAGAUAGAUUUGAAUAUCUGCAUUAUAAUACUCUAUUUUCUAAUAAGUUCAUCUUUGGCAACUGUCCCCAUUAUAGUUCCCUAACCAGAAACUGGAAUGUAUAGAAACUUUUUUUUUUUUUUUUAAACAGAGGGUUUGUAAGGGACAAACAGCAAAUGUAUUGAAAUUAUUUAAAUACAUUAUAUACAUUUAAAAUGUGUUUUCUUUUUACAUUUUAUAUUAGUUAUAAAUAUACAUAUAGUAUAAUGGACCAGAAACAAAUACUUGUGCAUAUAUUUUUAUUUACUAAUGCUGUGCUCAAAUGGGAAGAAAAUUAUGUCAGUAGAAUACUAAGAAUAUUUAAAUUUUAAAGAUGUAUAUACUAUGGAAUUUAAUGAUAGGAGAAAUCUUAUAAUCGGAAUUAUUCACCUGUAGAAAAGAUGUCUUGGUUCUUUUCAGCUUGAUGGCACACAGUCAGAAAUCUAACCCGUUGUUACAUUUUUUGCUGCAUCUUUAAAAUAAAUUUUAAAAUCCCGCUAGUUAUAUAAAAUAUAAAGAAGUUACAUUUAGAAAUUGGCAGGAUUAUUUCUAGAGCAACUCCUGUAAAAUCAAGAGUAACAGAAGAUCUUUGUAAUAGAUCUUAUCCAAGAAAAACCCUCAAUCGGUCAGUAAGCAAUGCCCUCAUCUAACUAAAAAAUAACAAUGCCACCAUGCCAGAAAGGUGGGAUGGAGAUUAGAAAUCAACAAAUCCUAUCUUUUUUUUUCCAUUUUAAAAAAGUUAAGAUUCCGUUCUGUCUGUUUUAGAGUAGUAUUACAGGAUUUCUGGUAUAAGAAUAUAUUGGAAAAAAUCAUAGCUGCUUUGUAAUCUAUACAAAAACAUUUCUGUACCUACCUAGGUGUUGGAACAAUUUUUCACUUUUUGCAGGUAUUGUUUGGAAAAUGUUCUCCUUUGUUCAACCCUGUGGAGCUUGGGGAAUUAGAGUUGGAUUUCAGAAAUAAAAAUUCAUAGUUUGUGAAACAAUUUUCCAGCAGUCAAUAUCUGAUGGGUUGCUUGAAAGACUAGUUAUCUUUUUGUACACACAAGAUUGUGUAAUUUAAUACAAAAUCUAUUACACACAAGAUUGUGUAAUUUAAUACAAAACUAGAGAGCAAAGAUAAGAACUGAAUGUGCAACCCUAUGUCUGAUGAUGGGAUCUGAAAGAUUGACUCAACUGCCACUCAGCGAUAUUUCAAAAUUUACGCUGUCUUAAGGAUUUUUAUGAAUCAUAGUUCAAAUAUCUUAGAAGACGUAGUAUUACUGCAUCAAUAGUUGUGCCUAAGUUGUGCCUUAACAUGGAAUCUUAGACAAAUUUACUCCCUCUUUAAACUAGAGAGUGAGGGUUAAUAAUUGUUUCAUUGUUGAAAUACAAAAAUCAAGUCAAAGGGCACUUUUUAUAUUGGGAUCCAUCAGAUAACAAUCAUUGUGAAUAAAAUGAGGUUGCAUUUUCUUUAACAUAAUUGUACCCUGUCUGGUGAGUGAGGGGAUCAUGAAAAAAAAAAAAAAAAAAAAAAAAGUUGUGUGUCUGCUGCUAAAACUGUGGUUGCAACUGUCAAAACAUAGCUACAUUAUUUUCAAAAAGAAUUUCAGGUUGUUUGUUAACGUGUGACUUCAUUGUCCAACACAGCUAGUCAAAUACAGGUAUUUUCCUUUACUAUUAAAGAACCUUUUGUCUUCAA